GGCCGCUGGCUGCCGGCUGGCGGGACAGUAGUGGCUCAGCCUCGGGGUCCAGAGCCCCAGCACCCGCCUGUCCUUUGGGUGCCUGCCCCUGAUGCCUGCCAGAUUUUUGCCUGUGCCAGGUCCCCCGCCUGACCAGCCGCCCACCCCGGACUGACUGGGGCUCCGCUGUCUGGGGUCCGGGUGCCAAUGCAGUAUCGACUCUUCCGGGGCCUGGCGGGAGUCCUCCUCACCCUCCUGGGCACCGGGCUUCUGUCCCUACGGUACCACUCAAGCCUGACUCCGCAGACUGUGCAGGGGACCCCCAGGCUGAACCAGCCGAGCCUGGGACCCCGGGAACUGCAGUUGGGCGAUGUCUUCAUUGCAGUCAAGACCACCUGGGCCUUCCACCGCUCCCGCCUGGACCUGCUGCUCGACACGUGGGUCUCCAGGAUCAAGCAACAGACGUUCAUCUUCACUGACAGCCCAGACAAAAGCCUCCAGGAGAGACUGGGGUCCCACCUUGUAGUAACCAACUGUUCUGUGGAGCACAGCCACCUGGCUCUGUCCUGCAAGAUGGCUGCAGAGUUCGACGCCUUCUUGGCCAGUGGGCUCAGGUGGUUCUGUCACGUGGAUGACGACAACUAUGUGAACCCCAGGGCACUGCUGCAGCUGCUAAGAGACUUCCCACAGACCCGUGACAUCUAUGUGGGCAAGCCUAGCCUGAACCGGCCCAUCCACGCCUCUGAGCCACAGUCACAGAACCGCACGAGGCUGGUACGAUUCUGGUUUGCCACAGGGGGCGCUGGCUUCUGCAUCAACCGCAAACUGGCUUUGAAGAUGGUUCCAUGGGCCAGCGGCUCCCACUUUGUGGACACGUCAGCUCUCAUCCGGCUCCCCGAUGACUGCACGGUGGGCUACAUCAUCGAGUGCAAGCUAGGGGGCCGCCUGCAACCCAGCCCUCUCUUCCAUUCACACCUGGAGACCCUGCAGCUGUUGGAGGCUGCUCAGCUCCUGGAGCAGGUCACCCUCAGCUAUGGUGUCUUUGAGGGGAAACUGAACAUCAUCAAGCUUCAAGGCCCCUUCUCCCUUGAAGAGGAUCCCUCCAGGUUUCGCUCCCUCCACUGUCUCCUCUACCCAGACACACCCUGGUGCCCACCGCUGGUGGCACAGUGAGCUCUGAACUACUGCAGAGGCUGAUCGAGGCUUCUUCCAGUCCCCCCAUCUCCUGGGUAGCCCCAGGGGUUCCAGGCCAAGUGCCCACUGGCAAAUGAACCCCUGGCUGGGUCUCUGGGUGGUGGAAAGGCCAGGAUCUUUACAGUGGCUGGUCUGAAGAUGUCUCAGGCCCGGGGACCUGGUCACAGCCACAGAAGCUAUGGGGACACUUGAGCUAGGCAGGGUCUCAGGGUUCUCACCCUCUAGAGAGUGACAUACUUCCUGAAUAGGGUCUGGCUCCUUAGCUCUGGCCUCAGACAUUCCCUGGGAGCUGGAGACAUCAGGGCAAAACCGGGAAAAUCCUUAGCCUCCUGUGACCCGCUGUUAUGCUAACUGGUCUCAGCUGCUCCUGGCUUUCCAUGCCUGGCUGACAGACCUAGACUUUGAAGCCUCAGCGUGCUCAGAUACAGAGAAUGAACCUUUGGUUCCUUUUCCCAGCCUCCUUUGCUGUGAGGAGCUACUGAAGGACCCAGCUCUGUCUAGUGGGAACUAAGCAAAGCCAAUGGAGAAGCUUUUGGGGUGGAUUUCAUAGCCCAGACCUUGUCUUCCUGCUGUGAAUGUGGGUGUGAUGGCUGGAUCUGGGGAAGCCACUUGCCACUGUGAAGGAAAGGUUAAGACAAUCAUCUACAGCUGUCCCUUUUAGCGUCUGGCCCGUAAGAAAUUAAACCUCUAUUUAAGUCUC